GUCUCAACUACAUCUUCAGCUAUUAUAUAAGUGCUAUUUCAUUUUUGCCUUCCUCAAGGCGUGAGGUGUCUUGAGUCUUACUUUGCAGCCUCCAACACUACAAGGAGCUACAAGAUCAGCGUCGUCGGUUGCUUGCACCGACCUACGUCCCAUCGGAGCCAUGGCAGCUCCUGGGGAUCAGGGCUACGGCUGGAGCCACCAUGGAGGCAGUCAAGGUGGACCUUAUGAGGAGCCCUACGGACAACCACAAGGUGGGCCGGCGCCCGCGGCGUCACCCCUGCUGGCGCCGCCCUGGCGCAGCUUCCAGCAACCCCAGCAGCCAGCACCGCAGGCAGCCCUGGACCCCGAGUUGACCUCUUACCCUCCGCCCGACAUGCUGCAAGCCCCAACACCAGCACCACACACAGCGAGUGAGUAUCCUCAGCAUGCGAUCCAAUACCAGCAGCCCCUGCCAUCCCACCAGCAGUACCAGCACCCGCAGCACUCCGAAACUUACGUUCAGCCCCAGCAACCAUACGAACAGUACCAGCAGCAACAACAACAGCUGCAGCCCGCACAACAAUACAUGCAGCCGCAGCAAUCGUACCCGUCGUCAGUUCAACAACAGCCGCAGUUACAGCAGCCGGAAUCCCAUCCGCAGCUACAGCACCCUUACGCUCCGGACCCAAAUGGUCCGUCCGAUCACAGCCAUCAGCGCGGUCGUAGCCGGAGCCGCAGCCGCGAUAGGGAUCGGGAUCGGGACAGGAGGCAUGAGCGCGAUAGAGAGUACAGCCAUCCGCCUGACCGCGACAGGGGGCACCGUGACCGGGAUCGGGACCGGGAGCGUGACAGAGAUCGGGAUUACAGCCACCGGUACGAGAGCAGCGACCCAGAUCGGGAGGCGGGCAGGCGCCAGGACAGCGAGAUUAGAGAACGUGACAGAGACAGGGAGCAGUACAGGGAGAGGGAACGGGACAGGCGAGAGGAAGACUACCGAGACAGCAGAUCGAGCAGGCGGAGCCGCAGCCCAGAUCGCCACCACCGGACCCGCUCUCGCUCCCGAUCUCGCAACCGCUCGGACCACCGGUACGACGGAGAUCGAGAUCGUGACCGCCACGACACCAGGGACCGCUACGGCGACCGAGGGGAGCGGGAGCGCGGACGUGAUGAAGAGCGCGUUUCGGACAGAGAUCGCGGUCGGGAUGACCGUGACCGUCGUGACGACCGGCGGUACGGACGUGGCGACGAAGAUGGCUACGGCCGCCGGCGGUACCCAUCGCGUAUGGAGCAAGAGCUUGAGGCCGGGUUGGAUGGCGGUGACGGACGCCGGAGCCGCUCGCUGGAUCCCGACGAGGCGUACGAGUCUGGCGGCGGUCCGGGGUCCGGGUCCUGGCGGGGGCGCUCUAGGGAAACGCCAAGCAACAUCAUAGUAAUGCGGAAUGUCCCCGAGGAUCGGGACGAGACGGAGCUGCGGCAGAUGCUGGAGGGCUUCCCUGGGCUGGUGGCGGUGCGGCUGGUGCGGCAGCGCGGCUCGGGCACCUCCCGCGGCAGCGCCUAUGUGGAGUUCGCCAGUGAGGCGGACGCGGCGGUGCUCAUGGGGACCAAGGCCAGGUACAGCCUGCAGAUAGGAGGCCAGACCCUGCGGGUGGACUACGCGCCCGGCUCCUCGGUCGCCUCGCUGGCAGCUGUUCCGGCAUUGGACUGGAUCUGCGACAUGUGUAGUGUCGUCAAUUUUGCCCGGCGUGUCGAAUGCCACAAGUGCUCCACCGCUCGGCCCAGCAACCCGCAGCGCGCAGCGGCCGAGGCAAACGUCCCCUCGCCAAUCCUCAAGGUCUCAAACCUGGAGCCGGAAGUCACGGACGAGGACCUGCGCUCGCUCUUCCUGGCGCAUGUGUCAGUGAAGGACGUGCGGCUGGUGCUGGACAAGUACACGGGGCUGCCGCGGGGACUGGCGUUCGUGGAGAUGUUCAGCACGGGCGAGGCGGCGAGGGCGCUGGGGCUGCUGCAGGGUGCGGUGCCGCCGGGGGGCAGCCAGCCGCUCAGGCUGUGCUAUGCGCGAGACAAGUUUGGUGGAGUGGGUGUUGCGCCCGGUGGAACUGCGGCGGGAGCUGAGGCGCUGGAGGCGGCGCAGGCCAUGUCCAUGUACAGCAGUUGGGAGCCCAAGGCAUUCGACGCUCGGGCGCUAGACGGCGAGACAGCAGGAGACGCGUCGCAGCAGCAGGGACAGGAGGCUGGCAAGCCUCAGCAAGAGCCAGCCGCAGCAGCAACAGCCCAGGCAGACCAGGCUCAGGGGCAGCAGACGCCGGCGGGUUUUGCAUACGACCCGGCCUCUGGGUACUGGUACGAUGCUGCCAGCGGUUACUACUACGACGCGAACACUGGGCUGUACUACCACCACUCCACAAACCUGUGGUACUCGUACGACCACGCAACGGGACAAUACGCGGCAGUGGGAGGCGGCGGCAACACGUCUGGUGGCGACGGUGCAGCCUCAGCCGGCGGCGGAGGCGGAACUGGAGUGUCACAGACCCAAACGGCUGCAGCUACGGGGACCAGCACGGCCGUUGCUGCCGUCACCGCCUCGCGUGCUUCCGUCUCGGCGGCGGCGGCGACGACGGCAAAGUCGGGCACGGGAGGGGCUACCAAGCGCGCUGGCGCCGUCAUUGGCGCCGCGCCCGUCCUCAACGCCCAGGGCUUGCUCGCUGCUGCGGCGCUGGCCGAGGAAAAGAGCAAGAUGGCUCAGAAGGCAGCACUGGCCAAGGCCGCCAAGGGCCCGGGACAGCAGCCGCGGCCGGCAGCCCAGGCUGCGUCUGCGGCCGCUGCGCCGCAGCAGGUGCAGGGCGUCAUCCACCGCGGCAAGUGGUCCCAGCGCGCGCAGCAGUAGUGACCGCAGGAGCAUGAUCUUUGUGCAUCACGUUGGUGAGCGGGUUCUGCCACAAGUUUGAAAGCCAGGCGGGCGUACGGCUCCGCAUCCGUGAGCGCGACCAGGCCUAUCCAUGAGCGCGACCAGGGCUGAUAGGCUUGAAGCCAUCACUUCUUGUAACGUGCAUGGGGACCACAGCAGUAAUGGGCUUUGGGUACGGCCCAGCCGUCCAGUGCUAGCUGGUUAACCGUUUGCGCCUUGAGGAAAUGUUGUAGGUGUUAUUGGGGCUGGGCAGCUUGAAUUAUUGGUGUUGGGAAGCCUGGAGACCGUUAGGAAGUACUAGGACCUCAGCUCAUGCAAGGCCUCUACGUGCAUUGACUUGGGACAUUUCCCGUACC